GAAUCCCACCGGAGAAGGUCACAUCGCCGGAGGCGAUAUAGCUGCACCAAAUCAGUUCCUUACCACGCAGCCCUGCAAACCCCGGAUGGAUUGACCUUCUGCGGAGCGGCGAUCGUGAACCAGCGAUGGGUCAUUACGGCGGCGUCUUGUGCCCAGGGGAAGACCACUUCGGACGUUGUGGUGGUCGUCGGAACUAGCCGGAUUGACCUGUUGGGAGUGCCGCGAUACCAGGUAGACCGAAUUGUGGUCCACCCAAACUAUGACGUUAACGUGGACGCCAACGACGUGGCCGUUCUUCGCGUGAGGCGUCCGUUUAUCUUCAACGAGUCGGUUCAGCCGAUAACCUUGGGAAGUGAAGAAAAUGUGGAGGCUGGAACCAACGCCAUUGCUACCGGCUUUGGGCGAACCUCGAUCUCGGACAGCACCCCGGCUUCGUACCUGCGGUACGUCAACGUGGACGUGAUCACCAACGAGGAGUGCCAGGAGGCUUUCAACGACUACCACCAGGAUCGUUUGCACGGCAACACGGUGUGCACUCGCAGCGCGGAAGGUUCCGGAAUCUGCCUGGGAGAUGCCGGCGGUCCUCUGGUCACCAACGGCACUCUUGUCGGUGUAAUCUCGUGGGAAUCCCGUGCGGCAUGGGAAUGCCCGAUGUGUACGCCCGGGUGUCCGCACACAGGGCCUGGGUGUUGGUGCACACCAUGAUCUAAGUUAUUGUAGGAUUCUAGUUUUAACCUGAAAUCAUAAGUUUUAUGA